AAGUAAUUUGGAACAGAUUGCGAUAGGAACUAAAUAUGGCAUAAUGAUAAAAUAAAAUAUUACGUUUUUUUCCAGAGAAUGAUGACUGUUUAUUUAAUAAACAUUUAUUUUCAUUAAAUACAAAAAUCGAAUUCUAUUGCGCAUGGCGACGCGUCGCCACACCGUACACACAAAUGCAUAUAGACUGUAAAUAUAUAUUUAUAUACCAUCAUAAUCGCGUGGCGACGCGUCGCCACGCCAGAAAUUACGUGCGCCUAUAGAUGUUUCACAUCAAAAAUCUCAUCUCGAUUCUAUCCAAAACAGGUAAAAAGACUUAUUUAUAGCUUGAGUACUUUGCGACAGUUGCGUUGGCUGACGUAUGCUUCGUUUCGUUUACGAUCGAAGUUCGACCGACCGAACGCCGAACAAGCGAGUCGCGGACCGACUCGAUUGUCGAUUCGCUCGACUCGACCGACUUGACUCAUUUCAUUCGUCCGCCCGCCAGUUUCGAGCGCGCCGCGCGACGCUCCGCAUGCGUGGAACGUAAAAAGCAAUAACGGUUAUUCGCUGCAAAAUAUCCGAACGAUUGUAAACUUUAUUGUUCCCGUGUUAUUGUUGCAAAUCGGUCGGCCGUGCUAUUCUAACAUUCGGGUAAGGGGGACGCUAUGGACCACGCAGACAGUUGUGUGAAGUGCUAGUGUUGUGCGUAACGGUUAUCGACAAGUUUGUUUCUCUGUGGAUCAGCUAUGAUGUGAGACGGUUUUUGUGAAGUGCCAAAAUGCCUUCGGAAAGUGGUUCUGCGUGGUCGCCACCGGCGUCAAACAGUGAGAGGAGAUUGAGCAACUCAUCAGAUGGCAGCGCUUGCAGCGGUUAUUCUAAAGCUACGACAGACAGCGCAGACUUCCUGGCGACGCGCGCGCACACAGCCGCCGUCAUCCCGGGCAAGCCAGCAGCCAACCCCCUUCAGUUUGUGCGAGUUGGUCCAGCUGACCUGGGCAGUCGCGCGCGUGAACAACUCCGCAGGGCAGAGCUAGCUAAGCGAACUGAGCCCGCGAGGAUAGAAAUACAGGAAGACUGGCAGUCGAACUUGGAUAAUUGGAAGUCGUCGCGACGGAAGCGCGUGGAGCACAUCAUCGAGCGGUGCGUCGAGGUGCGCCGCAUGGAGAACGAGCCGUGCCAGCCUCGUGGCAAGUCCAAGACGUUCAACGAAAUGUUGGAGGAGAGGGCUGGUCGUAGAAGGCGGAACCCUCUGGCCCUUUACGCUGAUGAUGACGGUCACGACCUGAGUGACCUCGGCAUAGGCACCUCCAGCACUAAGAGCAGCUUAAGUGAGGAUUGUGACACCCACAGUUUGGCCAGCGACGGUAUCGACCUGGAUAAGAAUCAUUCAGAUGUCGACAAUCUGUCGAACUGCGAUAACAACCGCAAGCUCGGUUCUAGCGCCAACGAAUACGACACAUGCACCACAACCACCAUCAGCUCGCCCGAGCCCGAGGAAUACACAUAUGAGGGCGCCAUAGAAGGCUACAAGUCUCGAAUCAUAUCACAAACUAAUAGCAGUAUGAUCAAAACUGUUGUCAACAACAAUUUUAAAGAUAAAUCACCAGAGAAACUCAACGGUGACCUAAACAGAAUUCGAACCUCUGUCAGCAACAAAAUUGAACAGAAAGUUUCCUCUUUCCAACAGGAAAGGAGCAAUGAUACCAAGAAUAAUAACCAGAAAAAAGACUUGCCAAAAGUAGAUAUACACAAACGAAGGGAACAAUUUGAGAGGGAAAAUUCACAAGAAUCGCAAAUUAACAAACCAAAAUUACCUGAUAUUGCUAACAAAAAAUCCAUCAAAGAGAGGCUGUCAAGCUUAGAGAAGUUCUCUGAAGAUACACAACUUCAGAAAUCUACAAGUGACCUGACUAAGUUACCUACAGAAGUUAAGCCAUUAAAAGAACGACUGUCUUCACUAGAAAAAGUGAAAUCGGGUAACGUGGAGCCAGAUCGGGCCAAAAGACUAUCAAAUGGUGAUUUAAAUAACACGAAAUCCUUAAAAGAACGUUUAUCUAGCUUGAAGUCACAAACAUCAGAAGAAGAAGUAAAAGUUACAAAAACGGAAGUUAAAGAAGUUUCAAUGAGCCUCAAAGAAAGGUUAUCAUGUUUGGAUGCAGCAAGAAACAAAGAAAUACCAAAAAUAUCUGUUGAUGAGACACUUGUUAUUACAGAAAAGGUAGAAACCAAAAUAGACAGUGAAAUAGAAAAUGAUACCAGCGAUAAAUUGAUGGACAGCUCAUUAAAGUCAAGUUUAUCUGGAAUCGAAAGUCAAAUGCAGAGUUUUUGUCGUUCUCUUGACAGCUUAGAUAUCAAUGGGCAGUCUUCUCCAAAUUCUUUUGAAAGAGUUCAAAGUUUGGAAGACUUCGAUUGUGCAGAAAUGCAAAACAAUACUGUUCCAAGUGAUAUUGAAACAGAAGAUAGUGGUAUUCAUACUGCAAGGGAUUCUUGCGUACCCCCUGAUGACAUUGCAGAUUUGACUCAAGUAGCUUCUCCUUUAGGAGAACCUAUGAUUGAAGUUUCUGAAUAUGAGUCAUCCAAUGAAGACAAUGCCAUGAUUUUGGAACCAUCAAAAAUUGAAGAGCCUGUACAAAGAAACGAUGAACAACCCGUACAAACCAUUUUACAAGAUGUUAUAAUCGAAGAGGUAGAAGACCAAGAUAGUAAAGCAGAAGAUACAGAUAGUGGUAGUAACUAUAUUCAAGCAGUUUCACAACCGGAAGAGCUUAGUGUUACAGAAGAAGUGACUGAAAUACAAAUGGACAAAGAUGAUGAAGAUACUCUUAAGAGUUUGGAUAAUCAAGACACUAGUGUAAGUUUAAAUGAAUCUACUGCAUCUGAAGGAGAUACGGUGGUGUUUCAGGGGAAGAUGACUAUACAUUUAAACUUGAAUGAAAUUUGCAACAAUAUGAACGCUGGUGCUGGGAAUAUAACUAACAUUAAUGACCUUAAUUCUUCUAAUGAUACUAAUAACAAGAGCAUGCCCAUGGUCAUUGACGCUCUUGAAUUAGCUUUCCAAGAAUUAGAUUCUGAAGAGAGUUUCGGUGAAAGCACUAUGGAUGACUCUAAAAUUAAAGAAAAUGGGACCCAAAUGGAAUAUCCUCAGGACAAAGUAACCGGCAAAGAGCCUGUGGUUGAUUUCGACACUGACAGUAAGAUAUCUGUGGCGCCUCUGUACGAGAAUAUUAAUAUAUUUUAUAAGCACAAUGAUGACACAGGAGCUUUUCCGCUCGAUUUGCCGAGUAACGUUUUGGAACCACCAAAAGAGAAACCUCCACCUCCGCCCAUGGAAGACGCCGCUGAUGAUGAUCUGGGAAAUGGAAACUUUAAACACACGAGCUCAGCGCGACGCAUCAAGAAGGAGAUCCGAAACAAGCGAACAAGUUUCUUGGGAAUCGAAGGUCAAGUUGAUGACAGCUAUCUAGACGUAGAUCUUAAAUUGGCACCUCGACCGGAUAUAACAUCGUUCUUACAAGAAGAGACGAAGAUUGAGAAACUGCUUUAUAAGAAGACUUUGUCUCAUGAUAUGGAUGCUAAGUUAAGGGAUAGCAGGGACUCUGGAGUUGAUGUCGAUAGAGGCCCGUCAGCUGAAGCCUGGUACAGAGGGCAGUCGUCGCCGGAAACAUCGAAUCCACACAGUAGACAGAAUAGCGAGCCUUACACACACGUUACAGUGACAUCAGACGAAGAAGAAGCAGCAAAAAAGCAAAGCGAAAUAAACUUCACGACAAACCUUAACACAAAGCUGACAGAAUUGAAAGACAGCUCGCAAACUGACGAAAGCAAAAUAGAUUCGUUGGACAAAAAACUGCAACAGCAACAGGAAGUACUGCGCUUUGAGCGGGAAUUACUGCAGUUGGAACAAGAAGAGUUGAGGAGACAGCGGGAAAAUCUUCUCAGAGAUCAAAACAGGAUUAUUCAGAAAUCAGUACAGGACAUAUCUAGCGUUCCUAAUACACCUGAGAAGCCGCCAUUGCAUUCGAGGAGCGGGAAAUCUGUGAAUCAAAAUUACAGACACUCGAUGCCAAACUUGCUUAUAAACGAAAACUAUACUCCUGUUGUUCCUUCGAUACCGGAACGGCCCGUUUUUGAUGAGAAUAUGAAGCGGAAACCGUUUGUGUCAGAGGAACAUAUACAGAGACAUUUCGGAGUUGAAGAAAGCAGGAAGGUUUUGUACGAGGAUAGGAAGAUAGGAGAAGCUGUGAGAAGACAGUUGCCUAGCGUGAGGCCACCUCAACCAAUCUUACCACCGAAGCCGAAGACUCGGGAGUCGAUUGAGAGGGAAAUAACAAUGAGAAGCAGUCGCGUACCAUCAGCCGUGGAGUACGUUAACGUGGAUCGUACCACCGUGCAGUUGCGCCAAAAGACGGGGGCCAACGGGAACGGCCAGUACCAUCCCAUGACCAGACACACUUUACAGGCGUUAAGCGCUGCACCGACACAGAAGGUAAUAUCCAACGCGGAGUGGAUGCAAGCGCGCCAACCGCCUCCGAGGAAACCAGCCAGUUACAACUACAACCAACAUUGGCUCAUUCAGGAAGCAGAACAACGCAGGAUAGAAGAGCAGAGAAUGAAAAUGCGAGUCAACCAAAGGCAUUCGUACCAUCAGGACAUGACGCCAACGACGCUACAUCACAUGCAACAACUCAGCUCUAGUCAACAACAUUUGGCUGACUACAAGCGGCCGGCACGCGCAGACCGUAUAGAAGUAUCAAGAUCAGAGAUGCCUCGUCCAGAGUUAUCUAGGCCAGAAAUUCCUAGGCCUGAAUUACCUAGGCCGGAAUUACCCCGACCGGAAAUCAGGUCGGAAAUACUUCGUUCAGAAAUAUCAAGGCCGGAAAUGCCCAGGCCAGAAGCGUCCAGAGUCGAAGUUCCCAGACCAGAGUUGCCGCGAUCAGAAGCGUCUCGUGAAGAUAAGAUGCUCAGCGUCAGCGGAAGAAGGAAGUGUUCCCAUUGUGGAGAGGAACUUGGUCGAGGUGCAGCCAUGAUAAUAGAAUCCCUGUCCCUCUGCUACCACGUAUGGUGCUUCACUUGCGCCGUCUGUGGAGCGAGGCUGGGAGACGGGCGAGCCGGUGCCGAUGUGCGCGUGCGCGGCUCUCGCCUACACUGUCACCACUGUUAUUCCGGCGACGACGGACGAAAGUAUUCCCGCGUCUGAAACGAAUACCUGGAUGUUGUGCUUAUAAGUGCCGUGAUGUGAUGCUAAUACCCGCGUGUGAAUAACAAGUGCACAGUCGAUACUGUUGAUAAACCGGUAGUGAAUCUCGCGAGUGUGAACAACAUGCCAAUCUAGUUGAUUC